UAUAGGAGAUAACCUGAUCAGGCUCUGUGUCCCCCAUUACUGGGAUUUUUCCUAGUGUUACUCUAGUGGGUUCCAUGUAUUUUCCAUUGCACUGUUUCAACCUGCCCCUGAAAUGCCUGUUAAUUCCAGUUAUUUCUCCCAGCACCAUGCCAAUCUCUAUACUUCUUAAAAAGCUUUCUGCACAAGAUCUCCUAAUCUCAUCUUCCCUAUCUUCUUUAUCGCUGAUCCCCUGGAAUUUCCUUCUCAGAACCCUGUCAAGAAAUAACACUUGCUAGCUCAGGGCAGAGAUAGAUGUUCCUUAGCUGAUUUGGAAGAUGGAGUUAGAUAGGUCUUCCUUUGCAAAGAAGUUAACAUGAUACAUUCUGAUUUUCAUAGCUUCUCUCUAGGGCCUUCUCCUUCCAUUCUUUAAUUUCCUCUUUAUUUGUUAGAAUUUGUUACUGUUUUCUCAAAUUCAUAACUGUAUAAACAUUGAUACAAUUUCAACCCCAACUUUUGGAGUAUAAUGCCUCACUCUAUAUCUUUAACUAACUGUUUAACUGUUAAAGAACUAUAUUAUUUCUUCAUAUUCCUGUCAGACUAACAUUAUAAUGUCUACCAGCAUGUCAUUGUAGUAACUGCAUGGAGAUGGCUCUGCAUUUUGAUAAACACUUGUUAUCUGAUGACACUGUGUGGAAUAUGGCUAACUUUUUCUAGCUGGGUGACCCAAAGUUACUUAUAAACUUCUUAUUUCAUGACUUCCAAUAAAACAUCAGAGACCCAUAGAAUGAAAACUGUUUCUCUCUUUUUAAGUUAUGGAAAUAUGAACAUCAAUGGCAGUAUUUUUUAAAUAAAACAAUGCUAGAAAAGAUUUUUGACAGAUUCAAAUUUUAAGAAUGUCCUACUAUUAUUUUUAUUUAUCUUAGCCUGUCUUUUGACAUAUAUUUAUCAUUUCCAUCCUUCUUGCUUACAAGAUUCUCUUUCUUUUGUAAUAUUGUUUAACUUCCAUUUUUGUGUUUUAGUAACUUGAUUGCAAGAGUGAAUUAAGUGUAUGUUGACAUUAAUAUACUAAUUAUUUUUUCAGAAAAAUAUAUCCAGAAAAGUAUCUAAUAAAUAUUAAUUUAGAAUAAAAGCAUUUGAAGGACUCUGAAGAUUAUAAAGCAUUAUAAAACUAUGAAAAUGAUGAGUCUAAAUUUACAUCCUUUUUUUACUCCUACGUUUGAUAACCCAAAAUAGAUUUGACCAUGGUAUUGUAUCUUGAUUGUUUGGGUAACCUGCCAUAAAACAGACAUUUGUCCUGAUAAGACAAGGAUACAGUUUAAGCUACAAUAAAUUAAUACACAUAUUAGUGUUUUCUUACUGGUUGUACUGAUGUGGUUAAAUUUAUUUACCUCAGGUAAAAACAACAUGAUUCCUGAGAACCUGCCAAUGGGGAUUUUGUUCUUUUCUCAAACAGCUAUGGGGAUCCUUGGCAAUUGGUCAAUUCUUCUUCAUUAUGGAAUAUCUAUAAACACUGGAAAAAGUUUGAUGUCCAAAGACCAGAUUUUAAAGCAUCUGACUUUAGCCAAUGCCUUGGUUAUUAUCUCAAGAGUAAUACCUCACAUAAUGGUACAGCUGGGGUUGCAGUAUCUCCUGAAUGACCUCUUAUGUAAACUUACUCUCUACAGUAAUCGAGUGUCCCGGGGUGUUUCACUGCACUGCACCUGCCUCUUGAGUUGUUUCCAAGCAAUCACAAUCAAUUUGAGCCACUCCAGGUGGGCGAAGCUUGCACACUCAUUUUCCAAGUACACAGUUCAGUUCUGCUCUCUAAGCUGGCUUGUGCAUCUUCUUUUAAACAUUAGGGCAGCUAUACAUGUGAUAGGACCAAAUACUAACAAAAAUUUCACCAGAAAAAUCAAGUUGGGGUAUUGUUCCGCAUUCCCUCUUGGCAAUACUAUAACUGUACUACAUCUAUUCUUGCUUUGUUUCACUGAUGGUCUAUAUUUGAGUCUCAUGGUAUGGGCCAGUGUCUCCAUGGUGAGCAUUCUUUAUAGGCACAGGAGUCAGGUACAGUAUAUCCACAGUCCCCAGCAUUCCCUGAGAAUGUCCCCUGAAGGCAAAGCCACAAAAACCAUCUUGAUCCUUGUGUGCACCUUUGUCUUCUCCUACUCAAUGUCCUUCAUACUAGUAAUCUAUACUGUGGUUUUUAACAAUCCAAGGCUGUGGCUAAUAAACAUAUUUACCUUUUUAGACACGUGCUUUCCUACAUUUUGUCCCUUUAUCCUUAUAAGUAAUAAGCAAUCUACUCCCAAGAAUCAUUUUUCCUGCUGUAGCAGAACAUAA